UUUCCCAUUUUUCCUUUCUCUCUGUGCAGCUGCUGCUCGUUACGAAGAGGGCGAAUCUGAAGCCGAGAGCAUUACUUCCUUCAUGGACACUUCUAAUCCUCUUUAUCAGCUUUAUGACACAGUUAGAAGUUGCCGAAAUAAUCAGGGUCAGCUCAUAUCUGAACCCUUUUUCCACUUGCCCUCCAAGAAAAAGUAUCCUGAUUAUUAUCAGCAAAUUAAAGCACCUAUUUCACUGCAGCAGAUCAGAACCAAGCUGAAGAACCAUGAAUAUGAAACUUUAGAUCAGUUGGAGGCUGAUCUGAACUUGAUGUUUGAAAACGCCAAGCGAUACAACGUUCCCAAUUCUGCCAUCUAUAAGAGGGUGCUGAAAAUGCAGCAGGUUAUGCAGGCAAAGAAGAAAGAGCUUGCUAGAAGAGAUGACAUUGAAGAUGGGGACAGUAUGAUUUCUUCUGCUACAUCUGAUACUGGAAGCUCAAAAAGGAAAAGUAAAAAGAAUAUACGAAAACAACGCAUGAAGAUCUUAUACAAUGCUGUUCUGGAGGCUCGAGAACCGGGCACAGGCAGACGGCUCUGUGAUCUGUUUAUGGUUAAGCCAUCCAAAAAGGACUAUCCAGACUAUUAUAAAAUUAUCUUGGAGCCGAUGGACUUGAAAAUGAUAGAACACAACAUCCGCAAUGAUAAGUAUGUAGCGGAAGAAGCCAUGAUCGAAGACAUGAAGCUCAUGUUCCGAAAUGCAAGGCAUUAUAACGAGGAAGGCUCCCAGGUAUACAAUGAUGCCCAUAUGCUGGAAAAGAUCCUUAAAGAAAAAAGGAAAGAACUGGGACCCCUAGCUGAAGAUGAUGAUGUUGCAUCCCCUAAACUAAAGCUAAGUAGAAAAAGUGGCAUAUCUCCUAAAAAAUCAAAAUACAUGACUCCAAUGCAACAGAAGUUGAAUGAGGUGUACGAAGCAGUUAAGAAUUACACGGAUAAACGAGGCAGGCGACUGAGCGCCAUCUUCUUGAGGCUGCCAUCGCGGUCUGAACUUCCUGACUAUUACGUAACCAUUAAAAAGCCCGUUGACAUGGAAAAGAUCAGAAGUCAUAUGAUGGCAAACAAAUACCAGGAUAUUGAUUCCAUGGUCGAGGACUUCGUCAUGAUGUUCAAUAAUGCUUGCACAUAUAACGAGCCAGAAUCUUUGAUAUAUAAAGAUGCUCUGGUCCUGCAUAAAGUUUUGCUUGAAACUCGGAGAGAAAUAGAAGGCGAUGAGGAUUCUCAUGUGCCCAAUGUCACUUUGCUGAUUCAGGAGCUUAUUCAUAACCUUUUUGUAUCUGUUAUGGGCCACCAGGAUGAUGAGGGCAGAUGCUACAGUGACUCCUUAGCUGAAAUUCCGGCUGUUGAUCCCAACUUCCCAAAUAAACCUCCUCUGACUUUUGAUAUUAUCCGAAAAAAUGUUGAAAACAAUCGCUACAGAAGGUUGGACUUGUUCCAGGAGAAUAUGUUUGAGGUACUGGAGAGGGCAAGGAGAAUGAACAGGACUGACUCAGAGAUUUAUGAGGAUGCGGUCGAACUUCAGCAGUUCUUUAUCAAAAUUCGAGAUGAACUUUGUAAGAACGGGGAGAUUCUUCUCUCACCUGCUCUCAGCUAUACCACCAAGCAUCUUCACAAUGAUGUGGAAAAGGAAAAGAAGGAAAAGCUGCCGAAAGAGAUAGAGGAGGAUAAGCUCAAAAGAGAGGAGGAGAAGAGAGAAGCUGAAAAGAGUGAAGAUUCUUCUGGGUCAGCUGGGCUGUCAAGCUUGCAUCGGACCUACAGCCAGGAUUGCAGCUUCAAGAACAGCAUGUACCAUGUAGGAGAUUACGUGUAUGUGGAGCCUGCAGAACCCAACUUGCAACCUCACAUAGUCUGUAUCGAGAGGCUGUGGGAAGAUUCGGCUGGAGAGAAAUGGCUGUAUGGCUGUUGGUUUUAUCGACCAAAUGAAACAUUUCAUCUUGCAACACGAAAAUUCUUGGAGAAAGAAGUUUUUAAAAGUGACUAUUACAAUAAAGUUCCUGUUAGCAAAAUUUUAGGCAAAUGCGUGGUCAUGUUUGUUAAGGAGUAUUUUAAACUGUGUCCUGAAAACUUUGGAGAUGAGGAUGUCUAUGUCUGUGAGUCACGUUAUUCUGCAAAGACAAAAUCUUUUAAAAAGAUUAAACUGUGGACUAUGCCUGUCAGCUCUGUAAGAUUUGUCCCACGAGAUGUACCCCUGCCUGUAGUCCGUGUUGCCUCUGUAUUUGCUAAUACAGAAAAAGUAGAUGAGGAGAAACACGCUGAAACGUUGGAGGACAGUAAGGUGGGAGAAAGUAUCCUUCAUCUUGAAAAGGACAAAGAAGAUGUUCCCGUAGAAAUGUCCAAUGGAGAACCUGGUUGCCAUUACUUCGAACAGCUCUGCUACAAUGAUAUGUGGCUUAAGGUCGGGGACUGUGUCUUCAUAAAAUCACACGGGCUAGUGCGACCUCGGGUAGGAAGAAUUGAAAAGAUGUGGGUGCGAGAUGGAGCUGCAUAUUUCUUUGGCCCAAUAUUUAUACAUCCUGAAGAAACUGAACAUGAACCAACUAAAAUGUUCUACAAGAAGGAAGUGUUUUUGAGUAAUUUGGAAGAGACCUGUCCGAUGAGUUGUAUUUUGGGGAAGUGUGCGGUUCUGUCGUUCAAAGACUUCCUCUCCUGCAGACCAACAGAAAUCUCCGAAAAUGAUGUUUUCCUGUGUGAGAGCCGCUACAAUGAAAGUGACAAACAAAUGAAGAAAUUUAAAGGGCUGAAGAGAUUUUCACUGUCUGCAAAAGUUGUAGAUGAUGAAAUAUACUAUUUUAGAAAACCCAUCGUUCCUCAGAAGGAACCAUCUCCACUGCUGGAAAAGAAGAUUCAGCAGCUAGAAGCAAAAUUCGCAGAGUUGGAAGGAGGUGAUGAAGACAUGGAAGAGAUGGGAGAAGAGGAAGGUGAUAUGACUGAAACACCUUCUAUGCCUCAGCUUCAGACCCCACUAGCUAGUGAGCUGGAUAUAAUGCCUUAUACUCCACCACAGUCCACUCCCAAGUCUGUUAAGGGCAGCACCAAGAAGGAGGGAUCAAAAAGGAAGAUCAACAUGAGUGGGUACAUCUUAUUUAGCAGCGAGAUGAGAGCUGUGAUUAAAGCUCAGCACCCAGACUACUCCUUUGGAGAGCUCAGCAGGCUUGUAGGAACUGAAUGGAGAAACUUGGAAGCAACAAAGAAAGCUGAAUAUGAAGAGCGGGCAGCUAAAGUUGCUGAGCAGCAGGAGAGAGAGCGAGCAGCACAGCAGCAGAAUUCCUCCCCCCGGGCAGGCACUCCUGUCGGGGCUCUUAUGGGGGUGGUGCCGCCACCAACACCAAUGGGAAUGCUCAAUCAGCAGUUGACACCUGUUGCAGGCAUGAUAAGUGGCUAUCCACCGGUGCUGCCACCUUUGCAGGGCCCAGUUGAUGGCAUUGUUAGCAUGGGCAGCAUGCAGCCACUUCACCCAGGGGUGCCCCCACCCCACCAACUUCCGCCAGGUAUGCCAGGCAUCCCAGGCAUCCCACCACCGGGUGUUAUAGGCCAAAAUGUGUCCCCCAUGGUAGGCACUCCAGCACCCGGAGCAAGUCCUUUUGGGCAGCAGAUAGGAAUCCUUGGCCCGCCGGGACAGCAGGCUCCCCCUCCGUAUCCGGGCCAGAGCCCAGCAAGUCAGCCAGUUAUGCAGCAGCCCACAACUCCCAUGUUCGUCUCCCCUCCACCAAAGACACAGAGGCUUCUUCAUUCUGAAGCCUAUCUGAAAUACAUCGAGGGGCUCAGUGCUGAAUCAAAUAGUAUUAGCAAGUGGGACCAGACCCUUGCAGCACGAAGACGAGAUGUCCACUUAUCAAAGGAACAGGAGAGCCGACUCCCUUCGCACUGGUUGAAAAGUAAAGGGGCUCAUACCACAAUGGCCGAUGCGUUAUGGCGUCUGCGAGACUUGAUGCUACGAGACACCCUUAAUAUCCGUCAGGCAUACAACAUAGAAAAUGUUUAGUUGCAUAACUGCUUCUUUCUUUGAUACUGGCAUAUAAGGAGUUUUGUGGAACAAUAGCUGUUUUAGUUACUGGGUGGGGAGAGAUAACCAACAAUAAUUUGUAUUGCAUUUUACUGUACAUUGCAAGACCAUUUUUAUAUAAGGACACUUUUAAUAAGCAUAUUUCACUUUUUGUUAUAUUAAGUUGACUUUAUCAAAUACACGGAUUUUUGCAUAUGUUUCCUUUGUUUGAAAGGCGAUUUCAUAAUGGGUUAAGUGUAGUCAAGGAUUCAUCUUUCUUAUACUUUAUUGCUGAGAAUCUGAUGCCAUUGUUUUUAUAUAAAAGAAGAAAAA